GGGAGUGCGGGCGAGCGGUGACAGGUGCGCGGACAGGCGUGCGAGACCGAGAGCGGCGGCGGCGGCGGCGGCGGUUGUUGCAGAGGCCUGAGGAAAGGAGACGCGGCGGCGGCGAUGCUGGAGACUCUACGCGAGCGGCUGCUGAGCGUGCAGCAGGAUUUCACCUCCGGGCUGAAGACUUUAAGUGACAAAUCAAGAGAAACAAAAGUAAAAAGCAAACCCAGGACUGUUUCCUAUUUGCCCAAGUACUCUGCUGGACUAGAAUUACUUAGCAGGUAUGAAGAUACAUGGGCUGCACUUCACAAAAGAGCCAAAGAAUGUGCAAAUGCAGGAGAGCUGGUGGACAGUGAGGUGGUCAUGCUCUCUGCCCACUGGGAGAAAAAGAAGACCAGCUUAACUGAGCUGCAGGAACAGCUCCAGCAGCUUCCAGGUUUGAUAGCAGACUUAGAAUCCAUGGUGGCUAACCUGGCUCAUUUAGAGGCUAGUUUCGAGGAGAUCGAAAACCACCUGCUCUAUCUGGAGGACUUGUGUGGACAAUGUGAGCUAGAAAGGCACAGGCAUGCCCAGUCCCAGCACCUGGAGAAUUACAAGAAGAGUAAGAGGAAGGAACUUGAAGCCUUCAAAGCUGAACUAGAUGCAGAGCACACACAGAAGGUCCUGGAGAUGGAGCACACCCAGCAAAUGAAGCUGAAAGAGCGGCAGAAGUUCUUUGAGGAGGCUUUCCAGCAGGACAUGGAACAGUACCUUUCCACAGGCUACCUGCAGAUUGCAGAGCGGCGAGAGCCCAUGGGAAGCAUGUCAUCCAUGGAGGUGAACGUGGACAUGUUGGAGCAGAUGGAUCUGAUGGACAUCUCGGACCAGGAGGCCCUAGAUGUCUUCUUGAAUUCAGGUGGAGAAGAUAACGCUGCGCUGUCCCCUGGAUUAGGACCUGAACCCAACCCCUGUCAGAAUGACAUUACUCUUCAGGUUCCAAAUCCCUUAGAAUUCCCACCCCAGCCACCUUCCUCGCCCUCUGCCUGCACCGACUUGGUUCCCCUGGGCCCUGGUGAAGGUGAGGAUUGCCCCCUUGUGCAGUCUGACGAGGAGGAGGUCCAGGUGGACACUGCCCUGGUCACUCUACACACUGACAGAAAGGCCACCCCAGAUGUCAGUGAUGACAGUGACUCUACUCAGGACAUUUGAAUGAAGUGUUGACUGUAAGCAGAAUCCACCUGAAAAGUCAGGAUGUUGUUGAACCAAGGUUCUUGAUUUUAUACAACUGCCAAUAGUAUGUGAGAAACCAAGAGAAGAGCUAACAAUAAAGCUUUGAGGACUUUAAAUGGAGCAUGUCGCUAGUUUGUACAGAAAGGGUUCUCCUUAUUCCUAUCCACAAGGCCAGUGAGGAAGGGAACUUGGAUACUGAUGGCACCGUUGGGUACUGCAGGAGGGCAGGCAGGACUAGAAGUCAGUCCCAUCGGGCUCAGUCCCGAGCCUUUUAUAGGCAGAAAGCUGUACUUUAACAUACAACUGACUGUAGCCAAACUUGUUCUGACAAAGCUCAGGUUUUCAUCUGAUCAUUACCACCAACAGGCCAGCUCUUGCUUUAACACACACCUGGGACCAAAGGAACAGAAACUUGAACCAAAAGCAACAGUUCUUUGGGCUCCCCCCACCACCCCUCAAAGCCCUGUGCUUAGAACACCACAGAGGGGCCA